UUUUGUGAAACAGAUUAACGGACAAAUAGGACCUGAGUGAGUCUUUAGCACCCCCUAGUGGUCAAUACUGAGUUGUACAGACAACAUGGCGGCGCCCAUCAGGACUUUGUGCUGUUCAGCCUUGAGACUUAACAGCCGACACUUCAGCUCCACAUGUGGAGUUCAAGCUGGACAAAAGUGGAGGCUAGAACAUGGACUGUCCAGAAGCGGCACAGAAUAUGGACCUCUAACAGAUCUGCCUGAUUGGUCUUUUGAAGAUGGGCGUCCAGCACCUCCACUAAAAGGCCAGCUGAGAAGAAGACAGGAGAAAGAAGUUUUAGCUAAGCGUAUUGUGAUGCUGAACUCAGAGGUGGACCGAGGCAUGGAAGUCUGGAAAGAGAAACAGGAGGAGGCGAAACGGUUGGAGGAGCACAAAAAGUCUCUUUUACUCAAGCCCAAAGGAAAGCUGUUAAUAAAGAAAACGCAGAGCUAGAAACUGAUCAUUCAAUAUUCUUUUAAUAAAUGUCUGUUUUGUCACAA